CCAAGUAAACGUUUGGUUAUUUGGACUGUCUCGCCAAUGAGUGGGUGGGUUUGUGCGAAUCACGAUAUAAACUCAUUGAUUCGAUUCGUCAGUCACAUGUGCCGAACACUUCUGACCAAAAUAAAGGCGAUUUAUCCCGGAAUUAAUCAAGUUCAAGGCCCACAAUUCCACCCCUGGCUUGGGGAGAAGCAAAGAAAGUUAUCCUACGGCUAGGAUGUUUAAGGCUGGCCAUACGCUCACCACGAUUUUGGCGCUAUCCGUUAUUUGCCGGUCUCUAAUCAGCACGUCCGGACCGGUAGCCAACGCCCUACCCAUUGGACAAAUUCACGGACAAGCUGGUAAACGCAAACUUUUAAAAACCAGUAGAUUACCAGUCAAAUCCGAAUCUGGAGUAGUUACAAGGACAACUGCGGAACACCAGGUUUACAUGAAGGUGUUAUUUCCUAUGGGCAUGACGCCCACAAAGGAGUACAAGAUAGACGUGACGUUACACCACGCCACACCCGCGUAUAUGAAGCUGGGAAACCUCUACUCAAAGUAUAAGUACUUACUGAGGAUAAACCCUGAUGGGACUGUAGACGGAACCAACGAUGCGUCGUCAAAAUAUGCUGAGUUGGAGUUUCACUCAGUAGGAGCUGGUCUGCAUAUGAUAAUUGGCGUUGCCACUCGGAGAUAUUUGACGAUCACAGACAAGGGACUGUUAACUGCACAGUUACAACCGUCCCUAAACUCGGUGUUCAAAGAGAUCUUCCUUGAAAACCUUUACCAGUCCUUCCUGUCGUACAAGCACCAAAGGAACGGGUGGUACGUGGCCAUCAAGCGCAACGGCAAAGCGAAGCCGGCAGUACAGACAUUCAUAGGGCAGAAGGCCACACAGUUCAUGACAAGAUACGAGUCGUGAUCCAGACCCAAGAGGAAGUGUGCAAGGCUGCGCGCAAGGAAUGAUGGUUGGAAUAUAGGCGCGCAAGGAGUGACGGUUAGAAUAUUGGCGCGUUUGUAACGCUGAGAGGAUGCGCGCUAGGAAUGAUGAUAGGGUAUAAUGUUCUGUAUCGCGCGUCUUAAGUAAUUGGAGUGCAAGUGUCAUUAAGACGCGGUCGUGUAAGGGGGAAGUCAGGUAACCUUUUGUAGAAAAUUGUUUUAUUAUGAAGUCCGCGGGUCGGAGAGCCAUUGGUUCAAGAAUCCGCGUUCAUUGUAACAGGGAGUAACUAGUUUUGAUAGCCUGUCUGGAACAGGCCAAUAAGCCAUAAUCAAAUUAACUAAUUAUUUGUUAGCAACGUUUAUAUUAACUUGAACUAAAAUUAUUUAUCAACUUUAAUUACAACGAUAACUAACAACGCUAACCAAUACUUUGUUUUGUAAUAUGCCACACUGCCUAGAGCAGAUUUGAGCAGUCGUUGCCUGGUGCAGCGGCUUUUUACAUUGCAUUAUGCGCGUGCGCUAAAAGGGCUGGCACCUUUGGCGCCAGGAUUUCCUUGUUAUUGUUUUAAGCUUUUUGAAGUCGGCCGCUGUGACCGCGAUACCUUUGACGAUAGUGGCUACGGACCACUGUAUUUGGGAUAUUGAAAAUACUGAUUAUCGGCCAUGAUAUGUGGUAAGAUAUCUACAGUUAUACAAGAUUUAUAAAAGAUGAUAUUAUUUAUACUAUUUAUGAUAUAUUGUUGCGUUAUUUAUUUCAAAUGGAUAAUUUAAAAUUUAUAAGCGAUUAAGCCCGUUGUGUUGACUUAUUACAGUCCAUUUUGCUAAGGUUAGUCGCUAUAUAAGACGCGCGUGAUGUAUUGUGGGACAGAUCCAUCCUCAAAACGCGCGGCUGCUUGUGGAAUUGAUACUUUUGGCGCGCAAUGAAUUACGGGUAGUAGGCAUAUAUAUAUUACGUGAUUUAGCUGGUGUUAUUUAGCCAUUGGUUAUUGGUUAGUUGGAAUACGUUCUGUUGUCGUGUUAUCUUAUUAUAGCAGGCGCCGGUCAAGUACUAUUCGUUUAAGAGUAUUUAUUAUAAGACAAAUACCAUGUAUUGAGUGUAGUAUUAGCAGCCGUGUAAUGCACUGCUAGUUAUUUCAAGGGACCAUUUCAUGCUACCCAGAAUGCAUCGCGUGGCGGCUAUUUUGGAGUCAUUUAAUAAGUAAUUAUCCUUUACUCAUAAUGCUAUUGGGCUUUACCCAUCAUGCUAUUCGGCUUUACCCAUCAUGCUAUUCGGCUUUACUCAUCGUGUCAUUCGGCAAUCUCAAAGUGUGGGUAACUGUACUAUUUUGAACACGAAAUUAUCAGCAGUGGCUGCUUAGCAUGUUGGGUAAGUUACUCGAGGCCUUUAACUUUUUAGCUUGUAGACAUCAGUUCUAACGAGCAUAUCUGGGGAGUUUCCGUCAAUCUACCGUUGGCUUCAGUCAACUUUGCGUGUGCUAGUUUCCGUUGUUACCGUUUGUAACUUGAAACUGUGGUGGUUUGAACCCUUUCGAUAUUGCAUUAUACUGAGCCUUGACAGUCUUGGGAAUUUAAUUUUAAUUUUGUUUUUUUUGAUUGGUUGAAAGAUCUUUUUGUUAAUUCUCAUGACAAACCGCUAUGCUUGUGAAGUAAGGAGAAUUUGUAGUCCAUAUUUUUUGCUUUAACUACAUGCAGUAACAUUAUCAGAUGAAGUUUUGAGUUUCAAAAAUGUCAAUAAUAAGCCCUGUAUCAGUUGAGCGAUACAUUGAUGUAAUUAAAAAAGUGGACGUACAGCAAACAUAGAAACGGGGUGUUUAUACAAAUGGUGACAUAGAAGUUAAAUUACUGUUGUCGCACAGUUUUGUAAAUAGCGAGUGAUGACCAAACGCCAGAUAAUAGAUCAACUAUGAAAGAGUAUAUAUUUUCUGAUGAAUGAAUUUGCAAUAAAACAAUUUCAUUGA